UCCGAUUGGUGAAGCGGCGGCGGCUGGACAGCGCCUGGAGUCCCGCUGCAGGUUUAGCCUUGUGCGAACUCCGCGAAGCACCGGGGAGGCUGAGUCCAGCAAAAAGAAGAAGCAAAGUCACUGAAAAUAGGAACCUGUUGCCUAACGAGAUGAAUCCGCUAGCCGUCCUCUUUGUCAUGCUGAGCGCAUUCAUCGCCGAGAUGGCAGCUUCGACUUACCUUUGGCAGAAACAGCAGAAAUAUGACUACAAAGGUUGUGACUGUUUGAAUGGAGGAACUUGCUUGAUCUAUGGCCUGUUUUCUCAAAUUAAGACCUGCUUGUGUCCUGAAGGAUAUGAGGGAGAUCACUGUGAGAUAGAUGUUGAAACCAGAUGUUACACUGGGGAUGGCAUCAACUACCGAGGGACUGAGUCAGAGAAUGAGAAUGGGGAAAGCUGUCUGCCCUGGAACUCCCACUAUCUCAGGAGGUGGCCCUACAAUGCGCACAUGGAAAAUUCGCUGGAGCUUGGCUUAGGCAGACACAACUAUUGCAGGAAUCCUGGUGGCAAUUCUAAGCCAUGGUGUUAUGUUCGGAAGGGAUACCGCACAACUGUGACAUCUUGCAGCAUACCCUCAUGUCAAAGCGGCAGGAUGUGUGGCCAGAGGACCUUAACCAUGAACUACAAGGUUGCGGGUGGGGAGAAGGCCUCUAUUGAGUCCCAGCCUUGGAUAGCCACCAUCUUCCAUUCCAGAGGGAAUCAAUUUUUCUGUGGUGGCACCCUCAUUGACCCCUGCUGGGUCCUUACAGCAGCACAUUGCUUCCCAGAAAGCUCUGAUACCUCCAAGCUCAUAGUUAGGCUGGGAAGAUCUGCAACAAAUGCCAGCAAUGCAAAUGAUCAAGAGUUUAGAGUCGAGAGGCUUAUCAUUCACGAGCAGUAUUUACAACAAAAUAAAGAUUAUAACAAUGACAUUGCCCUAAUAAAGAUCAGGUCCUCCUCUGGCCAAUGUGCAGAAGAGUCGGCCAUUGUCAAAACCAUCUGUUUGCCCUCAGAGGAUUUAAUGCUGAGAGACCAUUCCCUCUGUGAAGUUUCUGGUUAUGGAAAAGAAAAGAAAUCGGCCAUUUUCUACUCGCGAGUACUGAAAUCAGCUACUGUACAGUUGACACCCCAGUCCACGUGUAAAAGAUACUACAUGGGUCGCAACGUGAAUGAGAACAUGCUGUGCGCUUCACACCCGGAGUGGAAGUCAGACGCAUGCAGCGGAGAUUCAGGUGGUCCCCUCACCUGCAUGUCCAACGGCAGGAUGGUGCUGUAUGGGAUCAUCAGCUGGGGAGAUGGCUGUGCAAAGCAAGAGAAGCCCGGCGUGUAUACCAGAGUCACCAGAUACAUCCCUUGGAUUGAAUCCCACAUGAACAGAAUCCAUUUCAAAAGUUUCUACCCUCCGAAAUGAAAGGGGAAGGGGGGCGUUUUCCUUUGCUUGGUGUCAGCCAUGAUGUCAGAAACAUGGAAUUUGAGCCAAGUCUUUGCAGGUGUUUGACAUGCCGAGCCCUGCGUUGGAGUUGAUGGUUCUUUCCAAGGUCUUGUGGGAUUCAUUUGUUAAAGUGAACAUUCAAUCUCUCUCCGGAGGAAGAGAUGCUCAACCCAUUGCUGGGAACAAUACAAAAACUAUCCCAUGCCAAAUCACCCUACUUAACAAAUAAGACAUUUGAGUGGGAUUUUAAAUCAUGUCCCAGAGAAGAGUUGGUGUUAUGCAAUCUUAGUGGGGUUUUUUUUAAAAAAAUUUUUUUGUAAGGUUUUAAAAUUGAUAAUUAACUUACCAACAGCUAGCGCUGCUGUACAGAAAUGUACAAUUUGAUAUUAUUUUAAAAUAUUGCAGUAUUAAUUUGAAUGAAAUUUGAAAGACUUUUAACUGGGUUUGCACUGUCAGAUUGAUAUUUGCUAUAUUUAGCUGACUUUUUAACUGCCUUUUUAAAAAUGCAAUCUGACACAAUAUUGAGGUAAAAAAAAACCAUCAUUCCUCAGUACUUAUUGACAUUCCAGUUUCUAUGAAAACAGUGGUGUAGAUACAACAAUACAUUAAAAAUUACUGAUAGGUUUUACUGAUAGUUGUGUUUGACAUGUGAACCAGUCCUGGCACUUGUUCGUUAGCAUCUUCCCAACUGUGUUGGAGAUAAAAUAAGGUUUUAAGCAAAUGAUCCAUUUUGGGGCCCACCCAAGAAUAUUUUUUCAUCCUCAAGUUUUUGUGCCAUAUACAAUUUGAAAUAAUUGCAAUGUGGUAAAAAAUGUUGGGAAUACCUAUGUGCUGCUGAUGGCAUUAUUAAAACUCCAAGAUUAGCGUCUUCAUUAUUUCUCUAAGCAAGCAGGCCCUUCUUUUCUAAAAUAGUAGAAUGUUUUUAGGUCCAUAGAGAACUUGGCUAGGCCAGUCCUGCUAAGUAAGGCAGAAAGCAGAAGGUCUCAAGAAUUUUUUAAAAAAAUGGAGGCA